AACAUUUAUCUAUCAGUUUUAGCACCGAUGCGCCACUCGGCGCUUUCAAUCGUGUACGCUAAAUUUUCAUUGCAUUAUUCAAUAGAUAACCUGCAACGAUACGAGCUUUGUACCGAUAGCGAGAGCUCGAACCUGCAGACUUUGAAGAUGUGCAUCGGUGUCGCGUAUCUGCUGUGCGAGAUGUAUCUUCGAAAUAUAGCACUUAUCAGUUAAUGACAUCUAUAAAUGCAGUCCAACCGUCACCGCGUAAUGCAGAGUACUGACAUGAAUCACCGAAUGAAAAGCUAUUUUUCAAACAUCGAUUUCCUUACCUGGUAAAUGAAUCGAAUCCAAUCGCUGGCUAUAUAAUUUAUUCUCUCGAUUGCACUGAACACUUAGCGAAUUUUUUUCUACAACUACUGAUGUAUAUCUCGACUCGAUAAUUUUCUCGCGUUUUUCCUCUUCCACGUAUAAGCGCAGUCAAUACUGCCGUAACCUAUAGUCUCGUUGUUUUUAUCUUUAUAUAUACACUUGACGUCCGGAUACUUUAGCGGCGGCUGGUCGACUGAAUCAUCUGGUAAACAGUGACUGCUCGCAAUUUGCCGCCGCCGCCGCGGCGGUGUGUCCCGGAGUCUGACGCAUCGUGGCUGACGUUAUAUAAUCAAAGCUUUAGACGCGGAGCAGCAAUUUGUAAUAUCAGGCUUAACAAGCGCGCUUUACUCUAACGCGCGGCAUUACCUCUCACGAUAGAACGCUGAAUUCUGAAGCGUUAAAGGACUGAGUUUUUUUUUUUUUGUCAAGUAAUGAGCAGGUGACGCAUUCGAUCAUGAGUCUCGUAUUUUGUCAAUAGCUAUAUAUACAUUUGCAUAUCAGCACAGAGCUUCGAAAGUUCAAAGCUCGCAGAAGCGAGCGCACCGGACUUUUCAAACUCGCGUAUAAAUAAUAGUCGCUUGCUUAUUCUGCGGUCCGUCUUGAUUUCCCUUUCUCUCUAUCUUCUCUGCGGCUUUCCGCAGUCUCGCUUUGUGCUUUCGAUAGCGCUCGCUUCGAUCAAAGUUGAAGAGACUAGACGAGCUUUCUCGAUAAACGCAUAUCAGAUGAACGGGAGAAUGAGAAUCGAGACGAGGAUCGAUCGAGCUUGCGAUUAAUUCUCCUCGCGCUUGCAGAACGAGAAGGAAAAACUCGAGGUGAAAUCCCGCUCGGAGUCCGAGUACGCCCAAGCCUGGCUGGACUCACGUCGGGAUCAGCAAGAACUUCUAGCCCAGAUGACGCGCGAACAACUGACGAGUGAACUUCAACGUUGCCGACUUCGCGAAGACAACGAGCGACUGGUCAGCAGCAAGAUCGAGGCCUUCCUGAGACAGAGCAUCGAGGAAAACGAACGCAGCGCGCUCGACUGGACGGAGCGACGACAGGAGGAGAGCCGAGCCUACGAGAAGGAUAUCCGUAAGCUCCGCGAGGAGAUCGAGCAGAAUCGCGCCGCCCUCGAGGAGCUGCAGCUCGAGUACAAACAGCGUCAGGAAUUCAUAGACGGCUGUCUGGCGGAGAAGGAAGCCGCGCGUAGGCAGCGCGAACUGGAAGAGCACGUGCGAGGCUGCGCCGUGAAGAUCCAGGCCUGGUGGCGGGGCGUCAUGGUGCGCAGGAAGCUCGGUCCUUAUCGGCCUGAGGAGAAAAAGCGCAAGCAAACUGAGGAUACUUGUGUACACGGUGCAUCGCGAGCAAACCUGGUUAAUGUUGCUGCUAAGGAUUGAAGCAUCGGCUCGAAUCCGACCCUAAAAAUCACGAAAUUCUGGCGCUCACAUAUCGGACGAUUUGGGUACCUUGGCACGUUUUUUCUUUAAUCUAACCUACGUAGGCUUAAAGAGGACGGAAAAACACGCAAAAAUAGAAUGCUGGUGGAUCAGGAGUGAAAGGCAGUAGAUGGAGCCACUGUGCGCAGAUAGAUGGCAGGAGUGAGGAGCGGCGAUGGCAGCGCCUCUUUGGGCCAGCUUGAC